CUGGUGAAGAAUUCAGUUACAGAUAUAAUGAUUGUUCAGAAAUGUGGUAUCGAAGAUAUCCUUUAUGUGGUUCAGAAGAUUCCAUUAUGCAAUCACGCCUCCGACAAUCCCCUAUCGAUUUAUCAGACGCUAUAUACAAUGCUAGUCUUAAACAUCUUUUAUUACGUAAUUACCAACUACCAUCUGGGAAAUGGAGAAUUGAAAAGACAAAAACUUCUAUAGUUUUAUAUUCGGAUGGCAUACUACCGUUUAUAGAAAUGCCUCAAUCUUUCGAGUUCAAUCAGGCUCAUUUCCAUUGGGGCUCAGGUGGGAGGAGUUUGGUUGGUUCGGAACACUCCAUAGACGGUAAAUUUUUCCCUUUAGAAGUACAUUUAGUCCAUGUAAAUAAACUGACCAAUCAAAUAGCGGUUUUGGCUGUUUUAUAUGAAUUAAGCAAUCCUAAAACGGAUAAAGAUAACCCGAAGCUUGAUCCUUUAUUAGAAAUAAUAGAACUAGAUAUAAAUAGCAAAGAAUUUAGUCGUACUGGUGGAACUCCAAUAUUAUAUAUGCGUAAUCAAUUUAUCCUGGAAAACCUGCUUCCCGAAAAUUGGAAUACAUAUUAUAGAUACAUUGGAUCUUUGACUACACCACCUUGCACGGAAAAUGUCAUAUGGACUAUCAUUAAGGAAAAAAAUUAUUUGUCUAGGCGUCAACUAUAUUUUAUCGAGAGAAUUCAGCAAUGUGAUUCAAAAUUACGAACCUGUUUUGCUAGAAGUUCUAUUGGCCCUAACCGUAGACCUUUACAAAGUCCGUAUCAACACAAAAUUUAA